AUGCAUGAUGGGAAGGACGGCUUUCAAGUGGUAACACCUCUAGAGCGAGAGGAUGGGGGCACAAUCUUGGUAAACCGCGGCUGGAUAAGUCGCGACAAACAAUAUCAAAGGGAGCGCGACCCCUCUGCUCUCCCAACCGGAGAAAUCACGGUCCAAGGUCUGUUACGCGAGCCGUUGAAGAAGAACAUGUUCACGCCCAAGAACAAGCCGGAAGAGGGCAAGUUCUUCUUUCCGGAUACGUACGAGAUGGCGAGCGUGGUGGGGUGCGAGGCGGUGUUGGUGGAGGAGACGAUGAAGGCGGAUCUGCUGGAAAGUUAUAGGCGGGAGGAGGCGGGCAUGCCGAUUGGGAGGGCGGCAGAGGUCAAUUUGAGGAAUAAUCAUACGCAGUAUAUUUUUACGUGGUAA